CACAGCUGUAAUGUUUAUUCACUGUUUUGCCUUUAAUGUCAUGACAGCAACAACAUCCAGUUGGAGUUUUGGAGUUUUAUUUCAGAUAAUCUCUCUCUGGAACUUCACAGAGGACCAAACAAACACAUGCUGACGCCUUGUAAGUUAACAGAAACAGCCAAAACUCACAGCACUUUGCACCAUGUAUGGUCAGGUACGUGAGAGGCCUAACAAAGGGUCUCAAGAGUUUUAGACAAAGAGUAGCUGGUAUCUGAAAAGCUAAAUUUAGACCCUGUGGAGACAGAAACUAUUCAUCCAGACACAUGCCAGUAAUCAAGGGCAUUAAUAUGUCUUGCAGGAAUCAGUAUUGUUAAUGCACUAAUUGUACUUAAGAGCAUGUUUAGACAGAGACCUAACACUUCAUAAUAUAAUGCUUUUAUCUUUAAAAUGACUUUUUAAAGAUCAGGUAUGUGAGCGCAACGUAUUGAUUAACAUCAGAUGAGCUUUUCAUAUUUAUUUCUUAACUCCCAUCUUCUCUCUACAGCUGAACAGGGUUUUAAAAAGUGACAGACAUGCCUCUCCCAUCCCUGGUGGAAAUUACAAACUCAACAUUGUUUGUCCAGAAAUCUGAUCACAGAGCUUUAAAUGCAGUGAAGCUGUUCUUCGAAGAAAAGGACUUGACUCGCAGCUCCGUGACCCCUGGGGCACUUUUGGAUGAAAUCCUAAACAUUUAGACAAGCACAUUCCGCAGCUACAGGAAGAAGAACAAAAAAUAUUUAUAUCGUCAAAACAGGUGAUCAAGUACAGCACAUGUCAUGUGUCGGAUGCAGAUGGGAAAAAAGCUGAUGUGCUAAAAGCGGCUGCAGCACAGGAUGUAACACUGAUGAAGAUAAGAUUCCACACUGAUCAUUUUACUGCUGGGUGGGAUUGUGUAAAAACCCCGCUAGUGGCAAAUGAAGCAGUAUCUCAGACAUGCAGGGUUGGAUACGAUAACUUUGAAAUGUAGACAGUUAGUGAACACAUGUUACAUGGCAUGUUUUUGUAAUUAGUAACAUAACCAAAAAAAAGUAAUAUAAAUACUUUUGGAUUUAUUUCAGUUGACUUAAAAAUCAAAGAUUAAAAAUAUGGCAAUUUAUACUAAAAAUAAUGAAGCCACAAAAAUGUGAGUUCCACAAAUACACAUUAUUUUUUCUCUUUAAUCAUUUAAAAACAUUUUCAAUGCAAAUAAACUGCUUCAGUUCGUCAAAUCAAAUUCCCCUUACAAAAACCGAACUGGUACAAGCUACAGGUGUACUGUGUAUUCUCCAACAUCCACAUUUUAUUAGUUGCAGUGAUGGCAAAAUUGCUAGGACAGGAAUACUGUUCUGGAACGACUGCUCCUGCUUGAACCUUCCAUCAACACCACUGGGUCCACCACAGGGUGGAGCACUUGUACAGAAACCCUAUAUGUCAGGCACGCUUUUCCUAAGUUGACGAGUUGAUAGCAUGAAAAAAAGUUUUGUAGUUUUAAGUAAUCCUUGACAAUGUAACUAUGAUCUAAUGCCACUUUUUCAAUAAUCUGGGCUGAUUAUAGUUACUUAUUUACUUUACUAGUCGCGAUUACAUGAUAUCCAUUUAUACCCAACCCUGAGUGAAAUGUGCUCUGACUAAGGACUUUGAAAUUUUGAGUAACAGUGACAGCGAAAGAUAUUAAGAUAGUCCUCAAUGAGACAGCAUCCUAUCAUCAGCGACUCCUGUAAAAGCAAUGCUUUGAGUCUCCACAAGACACAGGGCAGACUUUAAAUGGAUAUGGGGAAACAAGUCAUGCCCACUGAUCUUAGUAAAUACACAUUACGAAAACCACCCAUGGCAGUUAUGUGCUGUCAUGGCAUGUGAUGGAUUUGGGUGUGUCAUGCAUGUUUGUUAUGUGGCUCUUAAGAUGAGAACAGCUGUUUGUGUUCUGUCUGGAUGAGAUGGCCACACCUGUUAUGACAUACACAAGCUCAGACUCCAGACAACCUUGAACUGAAGACCAAACAGUGAAAUGGUGACAUCUUGUUGGUGUUUUGCAGCCGCUUUAUCCUGUCCUCAACUGUUGAUGGUUGACUGCAAAAGAAGCUUGAGAGAAAGCUGCCGUUGUCUAAACUGAAAAUGCAAACUGCCCUUUGCUGUCAUUUUCAUAUUAUAUGAGCUGACGUGACGAUAUCUCAAAUUCAAAAGCAAAAGGCUCGAUUUACAUUUUCAGGGUGUACAGUGUCUGACAAAAUCAAGAUGCAAGGUCCAUUUCAUACUCACUUAGUAUCAAAUAGCCUGGGAACCAGAUGAAUCUGCCAGCUCAUGUUUUCAUGUAGGAAGUAGAGAGGGUCAGCCACUAAUCAGAAGAUCAGCAGAUCGAUUCCCGGCUCCUCUGUCUGCAUGUUUAAGUGUCCUCACUGAGCAGUUGUUAGAACACGUCUUGUAUGGUAGGAUGGUAGGUAUGAAUGCUUGGCAAGUAGUGUACGAGCGUUUUGAGUGGUCAGAAGUCUAGAAAGCUAUACAAAUGCAAGUCCAUUUACCAUAUUUGCUCAGGCAAAUGGAUUCAGUCCCCCUCCUGUUCAAACAAAUUCCUAGCCGAUGUGGCUCAGGUCAUUUUGCCUAAUGCAAAGUAUGUGAUAGAGCCUUUUGUCAUUGUGGCUCGUGCACACUUGGUGACACUACAGUGACCAUAAACCUAGCGUAGUAAAAGGAAAUGCUCUUGAGACAUUUUCAAAACCAAAACCAAGAUGGUUGCAGCUAAUGUGGAGCUUUGUGCUGAGGUACUACUCAACACUUGUUUACAGACAUAUUAAUGCUACAUAAUGACAGCUAAUCGCUGCACACUGUAGUCUGUUUACAGCACUGUGUCACGUUUCCUUGCUCUGAUUGGAUGAAGGUCUAUCAAUUGCAUCAAGAGGCACUUCACGUGCAUUGAUAAAGCCCCUUGAAAGCUGAAAAUGAAAGUUUGCAGACUAACUUUCAUUUGCAAGUUGGCUCUGAAAGGCUCUCUAAAUAUUACUGUUUUUGUGCAUUUUCAAACAUGAAAAAGAAAAGUAAAGCAUGCAAUGUGAUCUAAGGCCUCUCACACUCAGGAUGUCAUGUGGGUAGAACAGUAAAAUACAAAUUUCUGCAAACUAUUGCAUCGACAGAGGUCUGAGAAAAGGCCCACAAAAAACUCUGCAACCUCAAAGACACAAACACCAGACCAUCAGAGUCAUCGCGACAUUCACUUCCUGUAUGGAAACCAUUUCUUGUGUGUGUGGGAGGCCUGGCCAGGUUUAAACUUCACCUCACAUACAUGCUGGCUGCUGUGUCAUUCACAGUAUUUCGUAGUACAAUAUACAGUUUCCUCUUUUUUGUUACCUUAGUAAUAUUAAAUUACGGCUGUAGUUAAGAUUCAAGGAACUUAGAACGAGACACAACAGCAGAUACAGAUACUCACUACCGGUAAGUGUAGUUGCUAUAUUUAUCAGACUGGGUCUGGUCAGAAAAGAUGUGACUUUCUAAACACUUUAAUUUUAUUAGUCUGUGACUCACUGUUAUUGCUGGGCAGGAAACUCUUGAAAAGGGGAUUUUUCAGACCAUAUGUUUGAAGGUGACCACAUUAUAAACCCAAAUAAACAUGAGGUUUAACAAAACUGUUUCUUUUUAAAGGUGUAAUGGAGGAUUUGUGGAAAUAUCUGGGCAUCAACAAGACCGUUUCUCUGAUAUGUUGCAUGUUCUGGAUUUUCUCAGCAGCAGAAGGAAACAGCAUCUCUAUGGUGGUUGGCAGCAAAGUGAUCCUGCACUGUAAGAACAGGACAAACGACACGCUUACUCAGCUGACAUGGAAAAUGAACAAGGUUCGCCUGUUAACCUUCAAACCAGUGAGACUCUUGGAUGAGAGUCAGGAAGCUCGUAGCCUGAAAAUAAAUAUAUCUCUGUCGGGGAGCGAGAUGUACGCACUGGUCAUAGAGAGAGCCGAGAAGUCUCAUACAGGAAACUACACCUGUGAGAUCAACACAGAUAAAGGAUCUGGGGAACAGAAAUGGGAGCUGAUAAUUAAAGAGCAUGAAGAAAGUGGAAAUUUCAACAAGCUACUGAUUGCUGUGGCGGUCUCAGUUCCUUGUGUGUGUUGCCUGAUCUUUAUAAUUGCUUUCGCCAUUCUGCGAAGAGUGUGCAAACGUGCAGGGGGUCGUUCUCGCAGUGCAGAAAUGCAGGAGAGAGAAGAAGAUAUUUAUGAAAACUGCCUGGAAACUAAUCAACGACGUGGCUAUAAUCGGCCAAACCAUUACAAGCCCAGGGCUCACUGAUAGGAAAGGCAGUUCAAUUAUGGGAAAGAGAGUGCAGGAAAUGGACUAAUGCUUGAAACCGCUAACUUCAUAGGAAAAACCAUCUCUUCUCGAGUAAAACCUCUUUUUUCACAUCCUCUGUCUAAAGAGCUUUCACUCUGAAUAACUACUUCAGUCUUUUUAUAUAUACAUAUAUAAAUAUUUUUUUACACAUAAUUAACUGCUUUGUUAAUGAAUGUACUGUUUGUGAAGAAGGGGGUGAACACAUGACUUAGGCUAUUUUGUACAGCUGUUAUAGUAAAUGUGUUCACAGACGGUUGCCUAUUUACACAUCCAGGGCUGCUGAUGGCCAUCUGGGUGACCUAAGCACCAUUGUUUUGCCCCGCAUAUUAAGUAACAUAUAUUUAACAGAAUAUAGUUAAUAAAAUAAAUGGAAAAUACUAUAUCCCAAAUAUCUGUGUGAUUUUCUUCCAAACUGGGGGUGCAAUCCUCGUAUAAAGCAAGCCGUAGAAAAAUAUUUUCAUUAUCAGUGUUACAAAUAAAAAACUGCAACUAUUCAAAAACAGCAGGCUGUAUAUUAACUAACUGCAGAACAAGCAAACACACACACAAACACGUGUGUGCAAUCAUCUUCAUUAAAACAAAUGAAAUAAUGAUAUGCUCUAUGAUAUGAUAUCAAUACCAUUAUUCUUGAAAUAAAUAUAUAUAUAUAUAUAUACAGAACUGUCCCAUUAGUCAUACGAAAGACAGUUUCAAAAAACUUUGCUCAGCAGAGGCAACUGAUACUAAUGACUGUAACAUUAACCUGUAACCACGAGUGCAGCACUUAGCGAGCCUGCAUUGUGUGCACUGAAACCAUCGGCACCGCAGCUCAAACCCUGUUGUGUCUGAGAGGGCCUUUACUGGGAGAGUUAAUGCAAUACGUAUAAUUAUGAUUGAUAAUGAUCACACUGGGCUGUUUUGGUGCCCCUUCCAGCACUGGUGUCCUCCGUACAUUGUGUGUGGCACCUGCCCUUAGCGGUGACGCUGUACACACCUAACCAUUUUUCCCCCUCCUGAGUAAAUUAUCUAACUCUCUAGCAGCUAAAUGCUCCACUGUGUUCACCAGCAAGUUGCUAUCUUUGCCCAGUCCCAUUUCAUAUUUUCCCCCCUAACCCUCAAUUUGGAUUGCCACUUUGCCCCUUUGAACAGACUUAGAAAAGGUAGUAGUUGAAAACCUCCCGAAUGAAUUGAGACAACUCCUCAAGAGGUAUGUUAUGAAUGAAUGAAAAUGAAUGAUUAUGUAAACAGGUGCAGCAAGUGUUGACAGACAUUGCAAAUAUGUUGUCUGGCAGUAGUGAGUUCUUGCGUGGGCUAUAGGCAUGCUUUUGCUGUUGUCAGGACGUUUGUGAUUCAUUACGAUUUAAGUUUUACACUAUCAAUCAAUUGAGAAGUCAUCGGAAAAAAAUUACUUCUUCAUUACCAGGCCACUAGUAAUGCUCUGUAGGCUAACGUUAGCAUUACCUACUUCUACCCUGCCAGUUUGCACUGAUAUAAAAAGAACAGCAACCUCACUACUUGACUUAAGUUAAAUUUAAGGUAUCAUGCCGUAUCAAAGAGAGAAAUGCAACAUGGAAAUAUGUCAAAAUGAGGGACUGUCAUGCUCAAAUCAGCAAUAACAAUGCAACAUUACCUAACUAGCUACCAAGACAUACUACCAGCAUUUUCUUUCUGCAGUGUGCCUCUGAAAGGCCUUUGUUUGAGGCCCAUGUAGCCAUAACACUUUUCCCUACACCUUCAUCCCUACACGAAUUAGGACACCUUUCUCUUCAUGUGAACACACAAGACAGAGGGGUAAGGGCUCAGGGGGAUGCACAAGUUAAGUCUUGGAAUUGGGCUUUCAUCUGUCUGGUGAUCGAUGCUGAGCAAUCUCUAUAUGUGCUAAAAAACAAAUGCCUGCUUUGGUUCUUAAUGUGGAUAAUCGGAGCAGAUUUGUGGGCAAGAGCAAUUGGUUACAAGAUGUUAAAAGGCUCUGUAUAGCUGAGGGGAACUAAAGCAGGGUGAUAAUUCUCUGUAGGAUUGCCUCUAUGAGUGACCCCUUUCACAUCACACAAUCAUGUGAUACAGUUAAAAAUAAAACGUGUUGAUAAAUGCAGAGUUGAACUGUUAUAAAGGAAUGUGUUACACAGUAGAGAUGUGUCUCAGAGGAGUUACAGUUAAACUCUGGGAGCAUCCUGUAAAAAGAUACUGCAUGGGUGAAUGGAACAUAAAGCAGCUGUGUUAGUCAUACCUGAUUAUACAUCACAGAUUUUGAGAUUAUAGACUAAAUGUAACCCUAGCCUACACUGUGUAACGCCCUUCAAAUGAAGUGACUGGGGUUGGAAAUUUUGUUUGUCAUCAUGACUUUUAGUUGAGUCUUAAAUUAUGGGCCUACUGGUAGAGGAUAUAAUCAUCUGUGAAAUGGGACUUUUUCCCCACGAUAAACAUUUGGAAUAAAUGCAAGUAAAAGGCAAUCAUGAGGAGAAUGAAAGAACUAAGGGCCAGCAAAGGUUCAACAGCUCAAGAGUAUAACCACUGGAGCUCAGAUUCUUAGUGAAUUUUUGUUAAAGGUGAUUUAUUAUCGCACAUCCAUAAAGUUGAGGUACCCACAAGAGACAGAUGAUUAAAAAAUGCCAGCUGAUAUCAAAGAAGCAGAGGCCAAGACAACCUGAGCUUUCAGUCCCUGGUACGGGUCAAGCUCUGCAACACUUGCUCCUACACUUCAGCUCAAAAGCAUCUUUUCUAAGCCUGACUCCUACAUGCGGUUUUCUUUCAAACAUCACAACUCCAGGCUUUCUGUUAAAGAUAUUAGAGUUUUGACCCUUAGUAAACUCUACCACAAGCCCACGAGGACACAUCUGCACGAGCCAGACUGAGGGUUGUGAAAUUCACCUCCUCCCUCUGGUUUCCGGCGUCCUGCUGAUUGACAGUUGGUGGCGGUAACACGCCACAAAAAAUAGCGCACUGGCUCUGAAGGCACUGAAGAAAAACACUGCGAGCAAGUAAACAUGGAUGUAAACAACGCAGGAUUUGAACUAAAGACAAGAUAGAUUUUGCAGAUUUCGAUUGCUGAAAUGAAUGAUAAUAGUGAUCAGUAACUAUUUCAAUGUACCUGUGAGUUUUGUUUUAAGAGAGACUUGAAAAUAUCUGGAACUAUAUUUAAAAACAGUGUGUAAUGACUGAUUUUUCAAACACCACACCACACUACUUUAUGCGUCACAUCACUUUUCUAUUCACAGGACUUGAAAAAAUACCUCCAUUUGAACUGCUUCUUUGAGUCAGAAGACUAACACAAUUCUUUCCUGGCUCGUGACACGUGAUGUUUUUUUGUUUCCAUUGGACUGGCCUUGUGACAGAUGUUACUUCCAUCCACAUGGUCCCAACUGAGUCAUGAGCCUGUAGCAUAUUGUACUAUUUUGUGGUUGCUGUGGAUGUAGAUUUUGUUCAGUGAAUAAACUUACCCUAGGGCAAGGCACCAUCCUGAAUCGCUGUAGUAUUGUAAUGCAGACUAGGUAUUACGGAUGGUAUGUGUAGAGUACACACUGUGAGUGUAGAAAUACUUGAGACAAUUGUAAUGUUUAUCUAUCUUUAAUUCAAGUGCGUGGGAAAGGCAAACAGCAAGCUUAAAGAUGAUGUAACAGCAAACAAUGAAAAGGUUACAAAAAUACCAUCAGCAUGGGAACUACAGCAGUGAACUACAGUCAAACUCCUAAAAGUAACUUAAAUACAGAAAAAAACAACAAAAUACAUCAUGGCAUAAUAAAGCAAAUGCAAAAAAUAAAUACACACUGCAGCACAUAAUGAAUGAUUUAAAGUUUUAAGAUUAAAAGUAGAAAUACGCUGCCGCUCUAAAAGAAAAACCCAUCUAUUAUGUCUAUUUGAUUCCAUUACAGUUUAUGAAAUGAGUAUGUAAAGCUGCCUCUGCUUGCAGACUGUCUAACUCAGCUGCAUUUCUGUCACUACGGAAAUAUAUUGGAUAUGAAUAAUGUAACUAUACAUAAGCUGCUAAUUGUUAAAUGUUGCAACUACUUACUUUUUAUGACAGAUUAAACAAGUACUCCACUGGUUUAGCGUCAGACUCACAAUGCAGCAGAAUCAGAGACACGAGCUGUAUUUAAAAUCACACACUAACAUACUACUCAUAUUAAGUAUGAUGAUUUUAUGUCUGAAAGAAAUGCCCAGAUCUAUGCUACAUUAGUAGUAGUAUGAGACAUGAACUUACUGAUUAAUUACCCAACAGUGCAUGAAGACUUCUCAGACUACAUGUGCACAACGGCUGGCAACACAGAAUGCUUCUUCACCUGACGUGCUGACGUAUUGCGGUAAGCGAGUUGUGUCAUUUCCGAUGUUUCUGUGACAGCGUCUCUGUACUGCUCUGGUGAAUUCUGCUAGGCCCUGGAGGCGUUAAGGGAGGGGAAAUCUCAAGCUCGAUCUGAUAUUGUAAAUGAAAUCCUGAAAGUAAUAAUUAAAGUAAGGGUAGGCAGUGACAUCUCAUUUUGCUGGGUUCCUGGGCACGCUGGGAUUCAGGGAAAUGAACAAGUGGACAGCUUAGCCAAAGAAAGCUUGAAUAAGCAAGCUGUAGUACAACUCCCCCUAGGAAGAGUGGAACUGAGAGGGAUAAUUAAAGAGGGCAUAAUAAAGGAGUGGCAGGUGGGCUGGGAGAAAGAAAGUAAGGGGAGGCAUUACUUUUCUAUACAACCUCUAGUCAAUAGGAAAUGUCAUUGUAGUUCUCCAUCCCGAAGGGACUCUGUUAAACUGUGUAGGUUGAGGUUGGGUCAUUGUGGUUUAAACCAGUCUCUUUUUAUUAUAGGAAAGCACGA